CCCAGGAGGACGUCCAGCACAGAGGGAGGAAGGACAGCAGAGCUCACACAUCAGACAGCAGUGCUUGUGGGCCUUUCUGGAGCAGAAACUCUUCUCUGACAGGUAGGGACACAGCAGGCAGCAGGCACCAUGGAGCCCCCCUCAGCCCCUGCCCACAGAGGGCAUGAACCUUGGCACAGGCUCCUGCUGGCAGUCUCACUCCUAAGCUUCUGGAACCUGCCCGCCACUGCCCAGAUCACUAUUGAAUCAGUGCCCUUCAAUGUCGCAGAAGGAAGCGAUGUUCUUCUACUUGCCCACAAUGCGACAGAGGAUCCUCUAGGCUACAGCUGGUACAGAGGAGAUACAGCAGAGAAAAACCAACUAAUUAUAUUAUAUAGAGUAGACACUCAAGCAAAUACCACAGGGCCUGCAUACAGUGGUCGAGAGAUAAUCUACCCCAAUGGAUCCCUGCUGUUCCAGAAUGCCACCCAGAAUGACACAGGAUACUACACUCUGACGGUUACAAAGAAUGAUUUACAGAGAGAAAUUGUAACUGGACUACUCCGUGUAUACCCGGUGUUACCCAGGCCCAUCAUCACCAGCAACAACCCCAACCCCGUGGAGCACGAGGACACUGUGAUGUUAACAUGUGAACCUGAGACUCAGCACACAACCUACAGGUGGUGGAUCAACAACCAGAGCCUCUCCAACAGCACCAGGCUGCAACUGUCCGAGGACAACAGGACACUCACUUUAUUCAACGUCACCAGAAAUGACACAGGACCCUAUGAGUGUGAAACCCAGAACCCAGUGAGUGCCACCCGCAGUGACCCAUUCACCCUGAAUGUUAUCCACCCAGUGGCAAAGCCCAUCAUCGAAGCCAACAGCACCAGCGUCACAGAACACGAGGACACCGUGGUCCUGAAAUGCCUCACAAAUGACACCGGGGUCUCUUUACGCUGGCUCUUCAAUGGCCAGAGUCUACUGCUCACAGAGAGGAUAAAACUGUCCCAGGACAACGGCACCCUCACCAUAGAACCCGUCAGGAGGGAGGAUGCUGGGAAUUAUCAGUGCGAGGCCUCCAACCUGGGCAAUUCCAACAAAAGUGACCCCCUCAGGCUGGAUGUGAAAUUUGAUUCAGCACCAGGAAGUUCUUCUGGCCUCUCAGGUGGUGCUAUUGCUGGCAUCGUGAUCGGAGUCCUGGCUGGGGUAGCUCUGAUAGCAGGCCUGGUGUAUUUCCUGUUUAUCAGAAAAAUUGGAGGGGCAAGUGACCAGCGCCAACUCACAGAGAACAAAUCCUCAGACUUCAACCACAUUCAGGACCACUCUGACAAACUGUCCAAGAAGAUUGAUGAAGUUACAUAUUCUUCCCUGAACUUCAAUGCCCAGAAAUCAAAGAAACCUACUUCAGCACUUCCAUCUCCAUCAGCCACAGAAACAGUUUAUACAGAAGUGAAAAAGAAGUAAUGCAACCAGUCCUGCUCGCUGCACUGCUGACUUAUUCCAAGCUUCUCAGCCCCAUCCCCAGGAGACCCCUUUCCCCUCAGGGAAAAUGGGAAGAGGGUCUUUCCCCCUCUUCAUUCCCCAGUGAGGCUCGACCAGGCUGCCUGGUCACAGCCUCCUCCUUCGGUGUCAGUAGAUGAAAAGGCACAUGUAGGAGGAGGUCUGCAGGAAACCCAACAGUCCUUGUCAGUGACAUGUGGCAAAGCAGAUCUUGGGAGAGAGGUGCCAGGGCCUCUGCCCCUCCCCAUUUCCUGACCUAAACUGGUUUUAAACUUGCCUGUUCAGAAAACACUCAUUCCUUCCCACCUCAGCCCUGUCCUACUGGAGUCUAAUUUGAAUGUGACAUAACUUUGAGUUAUGUCCUUAACCACUGAAGAGCAUGUGCCAGAAAAGAAGAGAGAGAAAAGGAAAUAGAAAAGAAUUUCCUAGCUCUCUAAAGCGUGGUGUGAACCCACCAUUCACGGGAAAAUACAUACAUAAGCAAUUCUGAACUGGGAAAUUCUACACCUUUGUUCAUUGUCAGGGUUGUCUCUCUGGAGGACCAGGGCCUAAACACCUUGCUGCUUAUUUAGAAUACCACCUAUGUCCUUUGGAAAACCUGUCUUCAGAGAACCUACUAGAAGCAACAGAAAACAACCUCUCAAAGUUCAUAAGUGAGUCCUAAUGGAAACUUCAAAAAUGCAUAUACUCUUUUUUUUUCAUUUUUUUUAUUACUCAAAUGAAUUUAUCACAUAUGUAAAAAAAUGCAUAUACUCUUUUAAUAACUUUAAAGUAUGGGGUUUAUCCAAGAAAAUACUCAUAGAGGCAGUCUGCUCUUUUUUUUUUCUUUGUUUUUUUUAGUGCCGCACCUGUGGCAUA